CAGAAUUUUGCAAGUUUAAUGUGAGCCCUGCAGCAAUCCGAUGCAUAUUAGUUACUGUGCUACCCUAUUGGCUUUCUUGGUUGAGCUUCUUAAGAGUUCAGUAGCCAUGCAAGAACAGAUGCUGGGUGGAAAAGGCUUUCUAGUCAUUGGCUACCUCCUAGAAAAGUCAUCUAGAGUUCAUAUAACUAGGGCAGUUCUGGAACAAUUUUUAUCAUUUGCAAAAUAUUUGGAUGGAUUGUCACAUGGAGCACCUUUACUGAAGCAAUUAUGUGAUCACAUUCUUUUUAAUCCUGCUAUCUGGAUACAUACCCCUGCAAAGGUGCAGCUGUCUUUGUACACCUACUUGUCAGCUGAAUUCAUUGGAACUGCUACAAUCUAUAACACUAUACGUAGAGUAGGAACAGUAUUGCAGUUAAUGCACACGUUGAAAUACUACUACUGGGUGGUUAAUCCUGCUGAUAGCAGUGGUAUUACUCCUAAAGGAUUAGAUGGUCCUCGGCCUUCACAGAAAGAAAUCAUAUCACUAAGGGCAUUUAUGCUUCUGUUUUUGAAACAACUUAUACUGAAGGAUCGAGGAGUGAAAGAAGAUGAACUGCAGAGCAUAUUAAAUUACUUAUUAACGAUGCAUGAGGAUGAAAAUAUUCAUGAUGUGCUGCAGCUGCUGGUGGCUCUAAUGUCUGAACAUCCAGCAUCCAUGAUACCUGCCUUUGAUCAAAGAAAUGGGAUACGAGUAAUUUAUAAACUGUUGGCUUCCAAAAGUGAGAGUAUAUGGGUGCAAGCUUUGAAGGUCCUUGGAUAUUUUCUUAAGCAUUUGGGUCAUAAGCGAAAGGUUGAAAUCAUGCAUACACACAGUCUUUUCACUCUUCUGGGAGAGAGGUUGAUGCUGCAUACAAAUACGGUGACCGUUACAACGUAUAACACACUUUAUGAGAUUUUAACAGAACAAGUAUGCACUCAAGUUGUUCAUAAACCACAUCCAGAGCCAGAUUCUACAGUGAAAAUUCAGAAUCCAAUGAUUCUUAAGGUGGUGGCAACACUGUUAAAAAACUCCACACCAAGUGCAGAGCUGAUGGAAGUUCGACGUUUGUUCUUAUCCGAUAUGAUAAAACUUUUCAGUAAUAGCCGUGAAAACAGAAGAUGUUUACUUCAGUGUUCAGUGUGGCAGGACUGGAUGUUUUCUCUGGGAUACAUUAACCCUAAGAACUCUGAAGAACAGAAGAUCACAGAAAUGGUUUACAACAUUUUCCGUAUUCUCUUGUAUCAUGCAAUAAAAUAUGAAUGGGGAGGAUGGAGAGUGUGGGUGGAUACUCUUUCUAUAGCUCAUUCCAAGGUCACAUAUGAGGCUCACAAGGAGUACCUAGCAAAAAUGUAUGAAGAAUAUCAAAGGCAAGAGGAAGAGAAUAUAAAAAAAGGGAAAAAGGGGAAUGUGAGCACUAUCUCAGGUCUUUCAUCUCAGACAACAGGAGCAAAAGGUGGAAUGGAAAUUCGAGAGAUAGAAGACCUUUCACAAAGCCAAAGUCCCGAAAGUGAAACAGAUUACCCUGUUAGUACAGAUACCAGGGACUUGCUUAUGGCUACAAAGGUGUCAGAUGAUGUUCUUGGAAGUGCUGAGAGACCAGGAGGAGGAGUACAUGUGGAAGUUCAUGACCUCUUAGUUGAUAUAAAAGCUGAAAAGGUAGAAGCGACUGAAGUAAAACUUGAUGAUAUGGAUUUAUCACCAGAGACGUUGGUAACUGGAGAAAAUGGUGCACUUGUGGAAGUUGAAUCUCUUUUAGAUAAUGUAUAUAGUGCUGCUGUUGAGAAACUCCAAAAUAAUGUUCAUGGAAGUGUGGGUAUUAUUAAGAAAAAUGAGGAAAAAGAUAAUGGUCCAUUAAUAACUCUGGCUGAUGAGAAAGAUGAACCUUCUACUAACAGUACCUCAUUUCUCUUUGAUAAAAUACCUAGUCAAGAGGAGAAACUUCUACCUGAACUUUCAAGUAAUCAUAUUUCUAUUCCAAAUGUGCAAGAGACGCAAAUGCAUCUUGGUGUAAAUGAUGAUUUGGGAUUGCUUGCACAUAUGACAGGUAGUGUAGAUAUAACAUGUCCUUCAAGUAUAAUAGAGGACAAGGAGUUCAAGAUUCAUACAACUUCAGAUGGAGUGAGUAGUAUUUCUGAGAGGGAAUUGGCUUCAUCAUCUAAAGGAUUAGAAUAUGCUGAAAUGACUGCCACAACUCUUGAGACAGAGUCUUCUGGUAGCAAAACUGUUCCUAAUGUUGAUGCUGGAAGUAUAAUAUCAGACACAGAAAGAUCUGAUGAUGGUAAGGAAGCAGGAAAGGAGAUAAGGAAGAUCCAGACAACUACCACAACCCAAGCGGUGCAGGGUCGGUCUGUCACCCAGCAAGACCGAGAUUUACGCGUUGACUUGGGAUUUCGAGGAAUGCCAAUGACAGAAGAGCAGCGACGACAGUUUAGUCCAGGUCCACGCACAACUAUGUUUCGUAUUCCAGAAUUUAAAUGGUCUCCGAUGCACCAGAGGCUCCUGACAGAUUUGCUAUUUGCACUAGAAACAGAUGUACAUGUUUGGAGAAGUCACUCCACAAAGUCUGUGAUGGACUUUGUCAAUAGCAAUGAAAAUAUUAUUUUUGUACACAACACAAUACACCUCAUUUCCCAGAUGGUAGACAAUAUUAUUAUUGCUUGUGGAGGAAUUUUACCAUUGCUGUCAGCAGCCACAUCCCCAACUGGUUCUAAGGUUAGUAUUGCUGCUACGGAACUGGAAAAUAUUGAAGUGACCCAAGGAAUGUCAGCAGAGACAGCAGUAACUUUUCUCAGCCGUCUGAUGGCAAUGGUUGAUGUACUGGUAUUUGCCAGUUCUCUAAAUUUCAGUGAGAUUGAAGCUGAAAAAAACAUGUCUUCUGGAGGUUUAAUGCGACAGUGCCUAAGGCUUGUGUGCUGCGUGGCUGUAAGAAACUGUUUAGAGUGUCGGCAAAGGCAGAGAGAGAGAGUGAACAAGACUUCACUAAUCAGCAGUAAGACUCAAGAGAGUCUUCAGGGUGUAACUGCAUCAGCAACAACCAAGAAUCCCCUUGAAAAUGUCCCCAGCAAUCUCUCUCCUAUAAAAGACCCUGACAGACUUCUUCAGGAUGUUGAUAUUAAUCGUCUACGAGCAGUUGUUUUUCGUGAUGUGGAUGAUAGCAAACAGGCUCAGUUCUUAGCUUUGGCAGUAGUAUACUUUAUUUCUGUUCUGAUGGUCUCCAAAUACCGUGAUAUACUAGAACCUCAGCGAGAGACUGCAAGAUCUGGGAGCCAGGCAGGUAGAAAUAUGAGACAAGAAAUAAAUUCACCAACAAGUACAGUUGUGGUCAUACCAUCUAUCCCUCACCCAAGUUUGAACCAUGGAUUCCUUGCCAAGUUAAUUCCUGAGCAGAGCUUUGCCCACUCAUUUUACAAAGAGACACCAACUGUAUUUCCAGAUAGUAGCAAAGAAAAAGAAACACCAACACCAGCUGAAGAUAUUCAGCUAGAAAGCUCUAUUCCUCAUACGGAUUCUGGAAUUGGAGAAGAACAGAUGCCCAGUAUUUUGAAUGGGACAGACUUGGAGGCGAGCACAGGCCCUGAUGCUAUGAGUGAGCUAUUGUCUACUUUGUCUUCUGAGGUGAAGAAAUCUCAGGAAAGCUUAAGUGAAAGCCCCAGUGAAAUCUUGAAACCUGCAUCAUCAAUAUCCAGUAUCAGCCAAAGUAAAGGCAUCAAUGUUAAGGAAAUACUGAAAAGUCUUGUGGCAGCCCCUGUUGAAAUUGCCGAAUGUGGUCCGGAUCCUAUCCCUUACCCAGAUCCUGCACUGAAGAGAGAAGCUCAGGCAAUUCUUCCCAUGCAGUUUCACUCAUUUGACAGGAGCGUGGUUGUACCGGUGAAGAAACCCCCACCAGGUAGCCUGGCUGUUACCACAGUUGGAGCCGCUACAGCUGGGAGUGGACUGCCACCGGGUAGUACGCCUAAUAUAUUUGCUGCAACAGGAGCUACACCAAAAAGUAUGAUUAAUACAACAGGUGCAGUAGACUCAGGAUCUUCUUCUUCCUCUUCGUCAUCCAGCUUUGUGAAUGGUGCUACCAGCAAAAAUCUCCCAGCUGUCCAAACUGUUGCUCCAAUGCCUGAGGAUUCAGCUGAAAACAUGAGUAUCACUGCAAAGCUCGAAAGGGCCUUAGAAAAGGUGGCUCCUCUACUGCGAGAAAUUUUUGUUGAUUUUGCCCCUUUCCUAUCCCGUACGUUGUUGGGCAGUCAUGGACAAGAGCUGUUGAUUGAAGCUGUGCUGGUUCCCUCGCUGAUCUCUCAGUAUGGCCACAAGGUUGCCAAAGAGAAGAAGCACAAGGCAGGAGGGAGAACAGGUCUGGUUUGUAUGAAGUCGAGUACUUCAGUGGUUGAACUUGUUAUGCUGCUUUGUUCACAGGAAUGGCAAAAUUCUAUUCAGAAGAAUGCAGGACUUGCAUUUAUUGAGCUCAUCAAUGAAGGAAGAUUAUUAUGUCAUGCAAUGAAAGACCAUAUAGUGCGUGUUGCAAAUGAAGCAGAAUUUAUUUUGAACCGACAAAGGGCUGAAGAUGUCCACAAACAUGCAGAGUUUGAGUCACAGUGCGCUCAAUAUGCUGCUGAUAGAAGAGAGGAGGAAAAGAUGUGUGAUCAUCUUAUCAGUGCUGCUAAACAUCGAGAUCAUGUUACAGCCAAUCAGUUAAAACAGAAGAUACUCAACAUACUGACGAAUAAGCACGGUGCCUGGGGAGCUGUCUCUCACAGCCAACUGCAUGACUUCUGGCGCUUGGAUUACUGGGAAGAUGAUUUGCGCCGGCGGAGGCGAUUUGUUCGCAAUGCUUUUGGGUCUACUCAUUCUGAUGCCCUCCUAAAAGCUGCUGUGGAAUAUGGCACUGAAGAAGAUGUGGUAAAGUCAAAGAAAGCCUUCCGAAGUCAAGCUGUAGUAAACCAGAAUGCAGAAACUGAGCUUAUGCUGGAAGGAGAUGAUGAUGCUGUUAGUCUGCUCCAAGAGAAAGAGAUCGACAACCUUGCAGUUUUAGCUCCUUUUCUUCCCAGACUGUUCACUUCAAGAGGCCAGAACUUCUCUGUCAGCGCAGUGCUGCUCGCUGCGGGCCGCCCGGUCCGCUCCAGGGAGGUCGGGAAGAGGCAACGAAAUGAUUCUUCAGAAGAGAUGCUCUUGGUUAGAGUGCAGCCCCUUAGACGUGUGCCCUGUCGAGAAACCCCAAAUUGCAUGGCGAAAUGGAGCAGCGAGAACCACACAACACCAGGGAAAAGAGGUAAUUGGAUUAAAUUGAUGGUCAUCCUUCUGGGAUUCAGUAAAGCCCACAAACGCCUCCUUAAAAUGAUAGACUAUCGGGUUGUUUCCAAUACGCAUCCUCUGAAGGCGGAUUUCUGUUCGCACAAAGGCCCUAAGCCCGGCGCCGUGCGUAGGGCGAAGGGGGCGAGGGCAAAGUGGCGGCUCUGCGCGGCGCUGCUGGGGAAGGAGCGAGUGAGGUUCCUAAACGCUGACGCUGUCAACCUAACAGUAGAUUGCAUUCGUAUUGAAGAUAAGAUGGCAAAAACCCUUGGCCCUGCAGCUCCCAAACUCUUUUGCGUCCGAACUGCAGAGUUCAAAGCGCUGACCGCGGGCGGGAGAGCAAUGAGACGGCCGGUUGCAAACAGCGCUUACGAGGGGGAUCGCUGGGCGCUGGCUUUGCGGAGGGCCGAGCCGGGCCGGGCCGGGCCGGGCCGGGCCGGGCCGGGCGCCUUCCCCUGA